UUCCCUCCUUCUGACAUCCUCCUGCAGCUCAUAGUGUCUACCUACAUACUCGUUAUAAACCCUCCUUGGUACUACGACUGAACAAUCUUGCCUGCGAUUGAUUAGGUCGUGCCCGCAUAUUCCGCUGUUCGCGCCCCUUUCCGAGGACAACACUACACGCGCCACUCCAGCUCGCGCCCAACGUCAGCGACCCAUCAUCAAUCCAUCCAACAACUCACGUUUUCCUUUGAACCCACCUUCUAUCAACCAUGUCUACCAAGCUUGAUAAGUCUUUGGAUGAGAUUCUUGUCAACCGUCAGCCGCGCAAUCGCCGCCGUACUGCGCGCCGCAAGGCUGCAAACGCUGCCGCUCCAGUUGGAGGAGUGCAGAAGAUCACAAAGGGUGCUAAGCCUGCUGGAAAGGCCGUUCAAAAUGGACACCCUGCCCCAACUGAGAGCAAGAUCAUGGUCAGCGGCUUGCCUGCCGAUGUGAAUGAGGCCAAUAUCAAGGAAUACUUCUCAAAGUCCGCAGGUCCGGUCAAGCGCGUCAUGCUUACCUACAACCAAAACGGUACCAGCCGUGGUAUCGCGUCAAUUGUCUUCAGAGAACCCGACACAGCCGCGAAGGCCGCCAAGGAGCUUAACGGACUUCUUGUUGAUGGUCGGCCCAUGAAGAUUGAGGUUGUUGUCGACGCAUCCCACGCCCCUACAGUUCCUGCACCCAAGCCGCUUAGCGAUCGUGUAGCUCAGAGCAAGCCGCAGCCCAAGCCGGCAACCAAUGCUAAGAACGCCAACGCCGCUCGCAGUGGACGUGGGGGUCGCGGUCGCGGUCGUGGUGGUAAGGCACGCGGCAACCGUCCUAAGCCCAAGACAGCCGAAGAAUUAGAUGCCGAGAUGGUCGACUACUUCAACGCUUCCAAUGAGAACGGCGCCUCUGCCGAAGUCAACGCCGCAGCUGGCAGCGCCCCUCAGCAGCCCGCCGCCGGUGAAGAUUUAGGCAUGGCCGAGAUUUCGGUAAUACCAAAGAAGCCGUCGGCAACGUGGUGGCACUCUGAGUAUAGAGUUGACUUUGCACGCGGUCAGGACACCUUGUUUGUUGCAGCCUUGCAAGUUAAUGCGAGUUUCAAAUAUGGCGUUGGGUUAUGCGUAAAUGGUGUCUUUAAAGACUUGAAUGAUUUACAUAUUGCGUCAGCUCGAAGGGCAACAGUUACUUACCCAUCCGCCGCCCAAGACUGCCUUUGCUAUCUUACAGACGUGAUGGAAGAAGCGCCUUUAUCUCAGCCAAACUCUUCACCAUAUAUGGAUGCUGUCGGCCGUUGUCUGUUCCCUCCUCACUUUCACUUGCGCGUCUCACACCCAAACCAGAAUUCAUCACAAGUCCAGGUCGAGGACACAAUGGAGAAAAAUCAAGACGGGCGCGCCAAAGACAAAAACCACCACACGGGCAAAGACACAGAGCAAUUCUGCUGCAAUGACAAAUUUGAAGUAGAGGACGAGGGUGACGAAGACGAACCAGCCGCGCAAGACGCCAAAACACAAUUCACACAUGCGAUUACGCUUGUCAUUGCUUCCUCCUACACCUUGACUGUUCCUUGGCCCUCUCGGGUCUUGCUUCUGCCCUUGAAGGGAGGGAAAAGCAUGUUUUGA